GCGUCUCAAGAUGUUGGGUUUUGCUGCCUUCGUUCUGGCUGCUCGGUCGCGAAGCUUUUCGGAGCAAGCUAGGAUUGCGGCCUCCAGAUGGUUUUAUGAGAUGGACGUCAGCAUAGCUGCUGCUGUCGAUGCCCAACACUGGCUAACCAGCGCUGUGCGCUCUGCUGUUAAGAGGGAUCGCAUCGCUUUCCUUCAAGGCCUUGCAGACCAGAUCGCCGUCACUAACUUAAAGGACCCUUUGCGGCUUUACGCAGUUGUGCGAAGGGCGUUUCCGAAAGCGAAGGCAUCUUGGAGGGCUAGCUUCCAGGCCCUUCCAGCCGUCCGUCUUCUCGAUGGAACCUUGGCCAAGGACCCCACGGAAAGGGCAGACAGGUGGACCACCCACUUUGGGGAUCAGGAGGCAGGGAAAGUCACCGCUCUUGCUGACUAUGAGACCGAUCUCAGAGCGUCACCCUUCCAACCGGCGCUUGGAGGUCCACACUUCGACAUUAUGACGUUGCCCUCGCUUAUGGAAGUCGAGCAGCAAAUCGUUCGCCUACCCCCCCGCAAGGCAGCAGGGCCGGACUCCAUUACAGCUGAGACGUUGCGAGUUUGUCCGACAGUCGCAGCCCGGAGCUUCCUGCCGUUGUUCCUUAAGUUUAAGGUGUCCCUCUCCCUCCGUGAACCGACCCCAUGGAGGGGCGGGCAUCUGAUGUGCCUAGCCAAGCGCGCCACGGCUCUUUUGGACUGCGAGGCGUUUCGGUCCAUACUCCUUGCAAGCCUCCCAGCCAAAAUCUUUCACCGGCUCUGGAGAGAUAGACUCUCUCGGCAUUUGGGCCAUGUCAAAGGGGAUCUUCAGGCAGGGCAGCUUCCAGGAGUCGGUGUAGACAGCAUUGCGCUGGCAGUUCGCACAUACCAAGCAUGGGCCAAGCACCAAGGCCUCAAGUCCGGUCUGCUCUUCUUCGAUGUCAAGGCGGCGUUCUACAAGGUCGUCAGGCAGGCUUUAGUGCAGACGGAGCCCGAUGAUGCCGGCCUCAUCUGUCUCCUACAGGACCUCGGGGUUCCCGGAGACGCGCUCCCAGAGCUUGCUCAAAAGCUCCAGGCAGCCGCGUACAUUGCGGAGGCAGGAGCCUCGCCCCAUUUGCAGGCACAGAUCACAGAUCUUCUGAGAGGGACAUGGUUCCGAUUAGAUGGAUCAGCGUCUCUGGCGGUCACGGCCAGGGGGUCCCUUCCAGGGGACCCCCUGGCCGACAUCCUGUUCUCCUUUAGUUUUGCCGCGUACCUUAAAGGGGCCGAGCAGGCCCUGGCGGCACGUGGCCUAGCUACCCCGGCGGCGUCUCAGGCUUCCGAGCUCUGCGACAGAGUCCUCCAAGCCGCCGAAGUCCUCUCGGAGCAUGCCACGGCAGCUGGAAUGCAGCUUACGUUCGCCCCGGACAAGACGGCAGUCAUGUUGGCGUCGGAUUGUGAGCUCCGGUCGGAGACCCGGCUUGUCAAGGAUGAUACAGGCCGUCCAGGUUUCUAUGUCCAGAAUGCAAUCCUGCAGUGCCGCCACUUCCUGCCCCUUGUCGCCUCCUACAAACAUUUGGGGGGCAUCUUGACUUCCAAUGCCACCCCGGGUGCCGACAACCAAUUCAGGUUUUCCCAGGCUCAGGCCACGUUACGUCCACUCUACGGGAGGCUGUUUUCGGCCACAGGGAUCCCACUGGCCAUCAGACGCACGCUCCUCAGAGCCCUGGUCAUUUCAAAGUUUGUCUUUUCUGGAGCCUCGUCUCUUUUGGUAGCCACCACCUAUCGGAGACAAUGGUGCCAGAUGUAUGUGCUGCUGUGGCGAGGCUUGUGUCGAUGGGCCCAGCGUGACAGGGCGCCCCAUAGCUACGAGGUCCUCCAACGGGCCCAUGCCGCCAGCCCACUCCUGGCCCUUGCGCAAAUGAGGGCUGUCCUCCUCCAGCGCAUCCUCAAACAUGGACCCGACACGCUCUUGCACCUGCUUCAUGUUCAUUGGCGAGAAGCCGGGGCCAAGUCUUGCCUAGGGCUUUUCGUUGAGGAUCUCCACGCAGUUGCGCCUUUCGCCCCAGCAGCGGCAACAGUUCUCAGCAUGCCAGACCCGGUAGAGACGUUGCUUGAGAAGGCUUCAGAUGAGCCCGCGUGGUGGCCAGCUCAGGUGCGCAAGGCCGUCAAGGGCUUCACCUGCAGGCUGGAGAAAUGGGAGCCGGGCCUUACCCCAGCAGCAACCCAGAUGGACGUGCCGGAUCCCCUGCCCUUUGUCUGCCGCUGGUGCAAUGCGGCCUUCAGGCUCCGAAAGCACUUGGCCGUUCACGAGGCGAGAAGGCACGGCUCAUUGUGCCCUGCGAGGCACUACACGCCGACACGCGAGUGCCUGGCUUGUCUCAAGCUUUUCCACUCCGUCGAGCGUUGUCUGUAUCAUGUCAAGACUUCACGCUCCUGUUUACUGCGGCUGGUGCAUCUGCUUCCGCCUAUGGACCUCCCUACCAUCCGCUUGGCCGAACAGGAGGACUCUCUUCGGAGGAAGGCCCUGCGCAGAGGCCAAUGGCAAGCAUUUGUCUCUACGACGCCAGUUGCCCAGGCGUUCGGCCCCAAGGCGCCAGUCUACUCGGAUAUCUUCCUUGGACUUAGCGAAGAUGAGACCCCGAUCUCCCGACUUGGCUUUUACCGGCCUCCCCCGGCCACUCUUCAAUGGAUUCUGGACUACAUUGAAGGUGCUUCC